GGCGCGCGUCGUUAAGGCAGGAGUCAGUCGAGUAGCGGACGGCGUCUCGUGAGGUUCUCGUACUAGGUAUCAACAGCCAGGAGCGCAAUUAUGAGAGACUAUUAUUCGAUCAGUUUGGCAGUGAUCCUUGCUACGCUGCUGAUAACGGCAGAUGCGGGUGACAUGCUUCGCAAGAGCAUUGUUUUUGACAAAAACACCCCGGACGUGUUCUAUUGUCCGGUGCACAAGCCGACCGGCUUCGACAAGAUGAUCGUCAAGGCCAAACCACUGUCACGACUCUGCCAAUUCGAGGGCGGACCGAUUCCCAAGGAUUAUAAGAGCGACUGCUACAACGACGUCGACGAGAGCGAGUACGCGUGCAAAGAGAAAUAUAGGAUUAUGAUGAGACUCCAUCCACCGGGUAGUAAUACCCCAUACAAUGGCACUCGCUUGAAGAAGUUCAUGGCAACCGACAAUGACAUUUUCAUUAAGAAAGUAAAGAAGACUUAAUUUCUCAUUGUUCUAAAUGAAAAAGAGUACAUCAUCACUUACUACCUCC